AUGUUUCCAACCCUCAUCAGACGAGCGGCUCAAUCCGCGAAGGAGUCUCUUCCAAAACAAGUUCCGUUCAGUCUCGCCAACAAUCCUCACAAGGCUCGAAAGGUAUGGCCACCUGACUUCAAAGACUUGACUCAUCAGCAACAACUCCGGUUUGAGAAGAAGUACAAGCGUCGCGUCACCCUCGCAAGUCGAUCACCCAGAUGGGAUAAGGGCGUCAAGUAUGCGCAGCUUGCCACAAUGGCUGCGGCGAUGGUAUGGCUUGUAUUCUUUUCUGAGUUUGAGUGGUGGGGACAAAAGUAUAAGCCAUCAGAGGAGCUACGGAAACACGCGAUCAAUCUCUUUGGCGUGCUAGACCCCGAAAAGAGAUACGAGCGCCGGAAAGAUGCGCCGGAAGUGAACCCGUCGCGAGGCUCAGAUUCGAAAUAA